AUGAAUUGCUGUAAACCGUGGUUGAAACAACAGCAGAUUUUGAGCUGUCCGGAUUUUUUCACAUCUUUUGCACUGAAGAUCACAGGUUCAUUGUCCUGUUAUCCCGCCACUUCAUGCUCAAGACCCACUUUUCCUCCUUCACCUGCUCCUGCUCCUGCUCCUGCUCCUGCUCCUCCUCCUGCUCCUGCUCCUCCUCCUGCUCCUCCUCCUCCUCAUUUCGAGAGAGGGGAAUUACUCCCAGGAAUUUUCCUUAAUGGCUUUCAGAGGCGUCCCCUGGAGAUGACGGAGGAGGAGGAGGAGGAGGAGGAGGAGGAGGAGGAGGAGGAGGAGGAGGAGGAGGAGGAGGAGGCCUCGAGUGAAAUAUCGAAGGAAUAUCGUAAAAACGCCUCGACUUUAUUACGGAAUCAAUCUAUCACUUCUGGUGCUGCUGCUUGA